CACAAAUGACAGCGACAGUACAGUGACAGGCUUAUCAGUUUUGCUGUGUUCUUUCAGUCCAGAUUACAAAAAACAUGUUUUUGUGGGUUUAUACGAAAACACUAUAAGACCUUUGAUGGUUCGAAGACUUCUGUUUUAUUGAGGACCUUAAUUAUCCACCGCUGAGCCGAAAUUGAAUAUAAACACGACACAAAAUGGACGAAGAAAUUGAUCUAACGAUACCAUUGUCAGCGUGCAGCUACGAAUUCAAGUGUGUGAUGUCCAAGCUUGACCCGAAACGUGUGUUAACAACGGGUGGUCCCACUAAAAUUCUCAGAGAUUGGAGAGGCUUGGCGUUCCUACUGAGCAUCCCUAACGAACUUUCACAUGGCAUAAGUGAAUUCUCAGAUAAAACAAUACGAGUUCUUGACAUCUGGAAUCAAAGGAACGAUGACACAGCCACACUAGCUACACUAUUAGAGUAUCUUGGCCAAAUGGACAGAUAUGAUAUUUAUGAUGACUUAAUAGAGCUUGCGAAACAUGGAAAAAUUCUGGCUUCCUCAAGAUCAGUUACAAAUGGCAAUGAGUUAAGUUCAAAUGGAAAUGUGGAUGAGAACAUGAUCAUCACUCAUGAUGACAGGAGAACUGGAUAUCCAAAUUAUUACCAUGCUUACGUGUUAUUUGCUCAAGAAGAUUGGAGUUUUGUUCGACAACUCCUGGCUAAAAUGAAAGACUUAAAUUUUAAACUAUGCACUGAGUAUGAUAUUGAAGUAGGAUAUGGAACUCAGUAUGCUCCUGUAUCCAAGUUGAUUUCGGAGAGAUGUCAUCGGAUCAUCUUAGUAUAUUCACCGGCGUUCAUUGACAGUCCUGCUAACAGCUUUUACAGUAACUAUGCACAAGCAGUCAGUAUUGAGACGAACAAAAGGAACAUAAUUCCUAUAAUAUACCGCGACUGCCGGUUGCCCCACAACCUGAUGUAUUACCACAAGCUGGUGUUCAACGAAGACGACCAGUGGAUGCCGUACAACUUCUGGGACAAACUCUCGCAGACGUUGCUAAAGGUCAAGUUGUCAAAUGCGAACGACAUGCUUCCGCCCCAAUCGGAUACAGACACUACGAUUAAAAGUAAAUUUUUAACGACACAGAGCAAAUCCAGUACAGACUCUUCCUUAAGCAACUCGGAGACGCAACAAGUGCGUAUUACUGAAUUGGACCCAAACGGAUCUCUUAGCAACCUCAGUCAAACGGGCGAAAUAAAGAAGAAAAGAAAAAAACCAAAAGUUGUCGGCAAAAUGAUAAAUUACGUGUUCGGUAAGACGAGCAACUGACAAUUCGCAUUGUCGACGACUGUUAUAGAUUUUUUUUUGGACGGCUGAAGGUGUUUAUAGAAUAGUACAAUGUGUACAUAAUAUAUUGUAUGUCUGUUUUCUUACUUGUAUUAUAGGUGCGCUUGAGCCAACCGGAUCUUCGUGAAUGAAACUUUAUGCAUUUAUAUUUUAAGAUGUACAUAGGACCUUGUAAUAUGUUUAGCAAAGUUUACAAAACAAUCCUUACGAGAUUUAAUAAAAAAAAGCAGGCAGCGGACGGGACUCGAACCCGCGCCCUUCGCAAUCCGGGCGAAUGCACUGACC